AUGAAGAUGUCUGUAAAUUUGAAAUUCAGGACAGUCACUGGCAAUUUCAUCAAGGGGUUGUCAGGUCAUCGUUGUUUGAGGAUUGAACCAUAUUCUUUAUUCAGAUGGAAUUCAAAGAUUACAGACAUGUUUAAAAUAGGUGAUGUUAAGAGUGCACAGAAGGUGUUCGAUGAAAUGCCGCUGAAGAAUGUGGUAACUUGGAACUGUAUGAUUUCCGGGUACAUUGAAAACGGGAUGGUUUGUGAAGCUAAGGACGUCUUCGAUUCGAUGCCGGUAAGAAAUGUCGUUUCUUGGACUUCGAUGUUGAGUGGAUAUGCAAAGAAUGGGCAGCUGGAAGAGGCAAGGAGGUUGUUCGAAACGGCGACGAACAAGAAUGUAGCAUGUUGGAACUCUAUGGUUUCGGCGUAUUUGAGAAAUGGAAAGAUCGAAGAAGCUCGGGUGCUGUUCGAUGCAAUGCCGUUGAAGAACGACAUUUCUUGCGCAAUGAUGAUCAAAGGAUAUUUCAAAUGUGGCGCGGUGGAUGAGGCCGAGGCUUUGUUUGACAAAGCUUCGACCCGGGAUUUGUUGCUUUGGAACUCUAUGUUGGCCGGGUAUUGCGAAGCUAAGAACGUCGAAAAGGCGUUCGGUUUGUUCCGUAGAAUGUUGAAGCGCGAUGUGUCUUCGUGGACUUGUAUGAUGAAUGGUUUUAUAAAAGUCGGGGAGGUCGAGCGAGGUAGAAGAUUGUUCGAUGAAAUGCCGGUAAAGGACACGGUAGCUUGGACCGUGAUGAUCAACGGUUACUUGGAUCGGGGAAGGAUCGAGCCAGCCAAAGAACUAUUCGAUCAAAUGCCCAAAAAGGAUAUCGUCGCGUGGAACUCAAUGCUCCGCGGCUAUGUUCAUAACGGAAGACUCGACGAAGGUUUCGAGUUCUUUACGCGAAUGCCAAAGAGAAGCAUAGUUUCUUGGAACCUAAUGUUGUUAGGAUAUCUACAUCAGGAGGAUACAGUUAAAGCGCGCAAUUUUUUCGAUCGAAUGCCCAAAAAAGAUGAAACCUCAUGGAACACUAUGAUCUCGGGUCAUCGCAACGAAGAGGCGUUGGUUUUGUACGUGGAGAUGUUGUCGAACGGGUUCAGGCCCAAUCAGGGGACGCUAACGGCUGUAAUAACCAUCUGCGGCGUUCUUGCAGCGCAGAGUUGGGGUAAAGCGAUGCACGUUUUUAUCAUCAAGACGGGGCACGAGAGCGACGGCAUGGGGAUGAGCUCGUUGAUAUCGAUGUAUUCCAAAUGUGGCUUCAUAGACGAUGCAUCGUCGGUAUUUCAAUCGAUGCCAAAGCGCGACACUGUGGCGUGGAACGCCAUGAUCGUCGCGCGAGCUCAUCACUACUCCGCAAGGGAAGCCCUGCGUCUAUUUCGCUCGAUGAUCGAUUCCGGAUGCCAACCCGACCACGCCACUUUCUUGAUCCUCUUGACGGCGUGCGCUCAUUCAGGUCUAGUCGUCGACGGCUGGAAACAUCUCGAGUUAAUGAAGAGAUGGGAUAUGGUUCCGAAACCUGAACACUGCGCAGCCAUGGUCGAUCUUCUCGGUAGAUUGGGGUUGUUUGUCGAAGCCGCUGAAUUAGCCAACAAGUUGCCUUCGGAUAUUCCUGUAUACGCGUGGGAAUCGUUGCUUAGCGCCUGCAACAUACACGGGAACUACGAAGUUCAUAAUCUAGUCGCGGAAAAACUCUCAGGAAAUCGACCAUUGGAAGUUGAGAUGUCGGUGCUUCAAUCGAAUCUCUACGCUGCACGCAAGAUGUGGAAGGCGGCAGCGCAGAUACGAGCAAAACUCAGAGAUAAUCGAUCGAAGAAAGAAGUCGGAUGUAGCUGGAUUGAGGUAAACGGGAGCGUAUCGUGCUUCUCUUACAACGAUAAGUCGCAUAUGAGAAGCGAAGAAAUAUGUGUAGAGUUGGAAAGGCUUUCGAUACUCAUUGAGGAGGUACUAAGCUCAUAA